AUGAUAUAAUUAUCAUAAAGGUAAUUUGAAAGAAUAUCUAAUUUAUAAAUUUAAUAAAUUUUGAAUAAUUUUUUCAGGCCAUCAAUUGCUAUAAAAUUGAAACAUUUAAAAAGAAAUUAUAUAUUGAAAAACUCCUAUUUACCUAGUAAUAUAUAUAUAUGGUUUUAAAUAAGAUUAAUCAAAAUUUAGAUUUUUAGAAAAAAAAUUUUAAAUUAACAAUCUGAAGAUUUUCAAAAAAUCAAAAAAGAAAGUAGAUAAAAAUUUUAAACUUAUAAGCACAGAUAGUUAAAAAUGGAUAAGCACAAACCUCUUGGAUAUCAAUACUAAAAGAAAGAUCCUCUUUAAGUGAAAACAAAGCCUUCAACUAAAUACGAACAUGUUUAAAAAACAAUUAAUAGCGGUACAACUGCAAGAGAUGUUGAAGUCAAAAGUGAUAAGUUUAUUGCUAAGAAGAAAAAUGAAAAUUUUGGAAGAAUUUCUGCUAGAUAUUUGUUCACUUUACUUUGUUUGGAUAAGAAUCAUGAAAGUAUUUAUGAUCUUAUAAAUUAGAAUGAUCAACAAGAUGAACAAAUAGGUAAAUUUAAUUAUGAUAAUGUCUCACAAGCAUCAUACAAUAGCAGAUAGUCAGGAAUUACUUAAACUCAUGAACCUGAACAGAAAGAGGGAUAUAUUGAUUAAAAUUCAUUUUUACUGCUUGAUGUAAGAGACGAAACCGAACAAUAGACCUACAGAAUCAAAGAAUCUGUAUCAUAUCCAAUCACUAAUUUUAAAAGAGACAAAGUGAUUCCUAUCCUAUACAAAUUUAAAAAUGCUUCUGACAAAGUUAUUAUUGUUUAUUCAAGUGAUGAAAAAUAAACUAUAACAGCUGGAUAAACAUUUUUUGAGAAGGGAUAUGAUAAUAUUUACAUUUUAAACAAAGGAAUUGAAUCUUUUGCUUUAGAAUAUCCUGAUCAUAUUGAAGGUGUGAUCCCAGAUGCUAUCAAAAAAUAGAUUGUCUAAACUGAAAAGAAAAUUGUAAGCAGAUAAGCAUCAGAUAAUAAAACAACUAUGGGUAUCACUAAAACUUCUACAAUUAACUCCAAACCAACUACUGCAAAUAAAACCAAUAGAACACCAAUAAAUAAUAUUUUGAAUGAUGGAAAAGAAAACAAACCUUCAUAAUAAAAAUAUUGA